CUUCGCUGCUAAUUAAGAAUAAGUUUACUGAGCCGACACUGACAUCUCAACAAGAAAAGAUGGCUGGAACAAAGGGAAUAAUGUUGUUUUUUUCUAUUGCUUUGGCUGCUUUUCAUUUAACUUCAAGCGAAACGUUGACUGACGAAAAGGAAUUGACCUUACAGUCAAUGAUGUCGUCAGGUUUACAAAUGGAUCCAGCGAAAGACUGGAAAAACCAUCCUUUGUUUCCUCUUUACCCAAUAGAUUUUCCCGUUUGUAAAGACGCCGAGCGCGAGAAGAAAUACGGACUUUGUAAGGAUUGGGAAAGCAAAGGUUAUUGCAAAACAAUGAAAACCAUGAUGAAGAAGUUUUGUCCUCUUACUUGUGGCAUGUGCAAGGCUUUAGCAGCACCAGCAUGCUAUAACUCGCCAUUUGGUUGCUGCUGGGACAAUAGCAUAGCCUUUGGACCAAACAAAGAGGGAUGCCCACCUUGUUUGGAUUUAUAUCCAAUAACCUGUCCUCAGUUCAAGAAUUACUGCUCCAGACAAGGACAAAACGCCCGGUUCAUACGAUAUCACUGUUUCAAUACCUGUGGAAGAUGUGCCGCACAUUAGAGAAUAACUCUACGUCGAUAUGUAUCGCAUACCUCGUGAAAAAUAAAACUACAAUCACUCAUUGUCUGUAAAAAGUAUAUAAACAAGUUAAGUUAUGAUAACGACUCAAACAUUAAAAAUCUAACAAACGCUC